AUGGAGGCAAAGUGGAUAGCCAAGGCAUCGAAUGGACCAUUGAGGUUCGCCGACACAUWCACUGGCCCUCUCUACAAGUACGAYGUCUCUGGCAUGUACGCYGCCAUCAUGAAGAGCAGUACCUUCUCAGUSCCRAUCAAGARAGGCGAGUUCCAUCAACUGACUGACGAGGAGCUCAGCGCCAAGUCUGGCAUCCCCUUUGGCAUCUACAGGGCGAUCAUCAAAGGAKCUAGGACUUACAUUCAACCUGAUYAAYGAYGRCAAGCACAAUGCCCWACUCUWCCCARCUKGCAGRGUCAAYGGCAACAUGCUGUUCGGCAAGUUCAUCGAUCAGGUACUAGAGUGGAAGGARGCAGGUGUGCCYCGCGCCAAGGAGCUCUAUCAACGUCUCUGGGGYGCUCUCUCCAAGUACAACAAAUCCAAAGAGCCAGUCUSCCAGAGAAYCACUCRGUCGAUGCGAUGAACAUCACGCACAAUGGCAACGUCAUGGUCAAGUCAAUCAACAACCUCGACACGUUCGACACGCCAUUCGCUCGCAUCAUGCCAUUCAUCAUCUCUCGUGGUCGCAAGAUGAUUGGGACGAUAAUAAAGGAUGACAUUGACUGCAUCAAGCGCGUGCACACUGAUGGAUUCGUCUCGACCAAGCCAUGGACAGUCAGGACUGGCAAGAAGUCAUUGGAUUACCCCAAGUUGGGCAAGGACUGCGGCGACCUGCGCUACGAGGGCUAUUGUGCCAAUGCCAUCGUCAACAACAUGCUCAAGCCAGUUGGAGUGUUUGAAAUAUAA